UCUUCUUCUUCUUUUUUGUUACAUACUUAUUUUAAAUAAAAUGGCUACUAAUAUUACAUGGCAUUCUGGCAGUGUUGGUUUGGAAGAACGUCAAGCUCUUUUAAAGCAAAAGGGUUUUACUAUUUGGUUUACUGGACUUUCGGCUUCUGGCAAAUCUACGUUGGCUACUGCUUUAGAACAAACUUUACUUCAUUCUGGUGUAAAUGCUUAUCGUUUAGAUGGUGAUAAUAUUCGUUUUGGAUUAAAUAAGAAUUUAGGUUUUAGUCCUGAAGAUCGUAUAGAGAAUAUUCGUCGUAUUUCAGAGGUCGCUAAAUUAUUUGCAGAUGCAACUGUGAUUGCUCUCACUGCUUUUAUUAGUCCUUAUAGAGCAGAUCGUGAUGAAGCUAGAGUACUUCAUCAAUCUGCUGGUAUUCCUUUUAUUGAAGUCUUUGUCGAUGCUCCUCUUGAAGUGGUUGAACAACGUGAUCCUAAAGGACUUUAUAAAAAGGCGAAAGCAGGUGAAAUAAAAGAAUUUACAGGUAUUUCAGCUCCUUAUGAAGCACCUACAAAUCCAGAGAUUCAUAUCAAGUCCCAUGAAAUUAGUAUAGAGCAAAGUGUUGAAGUCAUUGUCUCUUAUCUUGUCAAGAAUCAUCUUUUAGCUUCUGAUCAAAUUAUUAGAAAGAAUUAAAACGAUUAUAUGCAUUUAAAUAAAACAUGUCAUUAUAUCUCUCGAAAA